UAGUCAUUCUGAUGCUACGGAGACGCAAUUGAGGCGUGAAUGCCCAAAACACAUCCCUAGGUAGGUAGGCACUACUGCAACACGAACAGAAUCUCUUAGCUUGUUUCCAAGGUUGUCACUCUUGUGAUCGAGAACCUACACAGCAAUGCCCUGUUGUGGCACCUUGUGGUGGCAUCUAAGUCAGUCACGUGCCCUAGCUCCAUGGAGCUCCGAUAAUCAACAAUUGGAGAACCCGAUACCCGUGGCUCGAGAUCCCCUUUUCCUACACAACAUCACCGCGCCAUCCACCCUCCAUUUCAGCGGCUAUGACCGCAUUCCCGUCUCAGUCUUGACUUGUACCGAUCCGCACAAGUCAAUUGCUAGCGCACGGUUGCUGAGCUUCAAUCGCAUCGAGUUGCGAAGCGACGCAUAGGUGCUGGGAGACUGAGCAACCCGGAGACCGAGUUCAA